UAUAGGUGGAUGACAGAUGUAGAAUCCUCACUCCACACGGCGUCGUCAGAACAGAAUAGAACAAAGCCAAACAGAACGAUGUUUCAGCUGUUAUACCUCCUUCUGCUUGCCAUCACCUUCAGUCAUUUCACAGCUGGUAUAAAACUCUGGAACUCUAAAACGCCAAGAAGCAACACAAUAUGGCGCGGGAACUGGAACCUGGACAGUACCACGUACAGGGGUCAGGAGUCGGUGUCUGCUGAGCCCAACCCCGACGGGAGUACCUACAAAGUUAGUGCCAUCUCCCUCUCCCAGGGAUCCUACGGCCUCACCGAUCUCUUCAGUGGAUCCGAGUUCUACUCCGCUCCUUUAGAGCCAAGGGAGUGCUUGACCCUAGUCUACAAGGUGUGGUUCGAAGACAACUUCGACUUCGCCUACGGUGGAAAGUUGCCGGGUCUGUACGGGGGCGGGGUCAACUGUACGGCUGGAGGAGACCCAGGCAAGGACUGUUUCACAUCCCGCUUUAUCUGGAGAACAGGUGGAGGCGGAAGUUUCCAGUUCCAGACCGGAACCUGGUACACAAUCCAACAAACCGUUCGCCUGAACACCCCCGGGCAGGCUGACGGCUACGUUCGGAUUGCUGUUGGGGGCGUUGGUAAAGUGUACGACGUCAGUAACGUGGUAAUCAGAGAAUCCCCGGAUGUGAAAGUCGAUGGCAUUCUGUUUUCUAAUUAUUUCGGCGGGACAUCGUCAUGUUCCGGAAGUCCCGUUGAUACCCAUGCCUACUUCCGGUACUUUGUCCUCAAGGACAACUUCUGCUAG